AUGUCUUCUAAAACAAUUCGUGUCGCUGUUACUCAAGCCGAGCCAGCGUGGCUAGAUUUGGCUGCCGGCGUGGCGAAAACCUGUACUCUGAUUACGGAGGCUGCUCAAAGCGGCGCUGAGUUGAUUGCAUUCCCAGAGUGUUGGAUACCGGGAUAUCCUUGCUGGAUCUGGAGUCGUUUUCUGGAUGUCGGGCUCAAUGUGGCGUACAUCAAGAAUAGCAUUGCACUUGACUCCCCGGAGAUGGAUCAGAUUAAAGCAUGCGCCAACAGUAACUCGAUUGCCGUGUCACUGGGCUUUUCUGAGCAUGAUAACAAUUCGGUCUAUAUCGCGCAAGUGAUUAUAGGUAGCGACGGAGAAAUCAAAUCGCACAGGCGGAAGAUGAAGCCUACUCACAUGGAAAGAACUAUCUUUGGAGACGCGUCGGGAGAAUGUUUCAAUGGUGUGGUGGAACUCCCCUUCGCGCGCGUUGGAGCACUUUCCUGCUGGGAACACAUCCAGCCUUUGCUGAAAUACUUCAUGAUCUCGCAGAGAGAAGAAAUACAUGUGUCAGCAUGGCCCAGCCUUACACCCCACACCGGAAAGUCCGAUCUAUGGUCGAUGUCUGCUGAAGGAUGCCACAGCCUGUCACAGACAUACGCCAUAGAGUCGCAGAGCUUUGUUUUGCACUGCACGGCGGUAUUAACCGAGAAAGGAGUGCAAGCCAUGGACACCAAGGGAGGAGUUCUGAUGAAUUCACCAGGGGGAGGCACUUCGGCAGUGUUUGGUCCUGAUGGAAGGAGGCUGACAGAGCCAUUGGAUCCCACCUCCGAGGGAAUUGUUUAUGCUGAUCUUGACAUGGACCAAAUCGUGGCAACCAAGCUAUUUGCAGAUGCCACCGGUCAUUACAGUCGCCCGGAUCUCAUGUGGCUCAAUGUCUGCAAGAAGGUGAAGAAGAUGGUUCAACCGAAUGAAGAUCUUGUUGUCACCACAGCGGAAGAGUGA